CGUGAAGUUACCUGCCCGGCAGCGGCGGGGCCGAGAGCGCUGGGGCCCAGCGGACCAGGCAGGCUGCGCGCUCGGCGUGGACGGGAAAAGAAAAGGAGUUGCUUGAUGUGAGAGUGAAAUGGACGUAAGAUUUUAUCCACCUCCAGCCCAGCCCGCUGCUGCUCCCGCCGCUCCCUGUCUGGGACCUUCUCCCUGCCUGGACCCCUACUAUUGCAACAAGUUUGACGGUGAGAACAUGUAUAUGAGCAUGACAGAGCCGAGCCAGGACUAUGUGCCAGCCAGCCAGUCCUACCCUGGCCCAAGUCUGGAAAGUGAAGACUUUAACAUUCCACCCAUCACACCUCCUUCCCUCCCUGACCACUCUCUGGUGCACCUGAAUGAGGUGGAGUCUGGGUAUCACUCUCUGUGUCACCCCAUGAACCACAAUGGCCUGCUCCCGUUCCAUCCACAAAACAUGGACCUGCCAGAGAUCACCGUGUCCAACAUGCUGAGCCAGGAUGGCACACUGCUCUCCAACUCCAUCUCUGUGAUGCAAGAUAUCGGGACUACCGAAGGAGCUCAGUAUGGCUCCCAUCCUCAGAUGGCAGCCAUGAGGCCGAGAGGCCAGCCCCCAGACAUCAGACAGCAGGCAAGCCUGAUGCAGCACGGUCAGCUGACCACCAUCAACCAGUCCCAGCUGAGUGCACAGUUGGGUUUGAACAUGGGAGGCAGCAACGUUCCCCACAACUCCCCUUCUCCCCCUGGGAGCAAGUCAGCAACGCCUUCGCCUUCCAGCUCAGUGCAUGAAGAUGAAGGUGAUGACACCACCAAGAUCAAUGGUGGAGAGAAGCGGCCUGCCUCUGAUAUGGGAAAAAAACCAAAAACUCCCAAAAAAAAGAAGAAGAAGGACCCUAAUGAACCCCAGAAGCCUGUGUCUGCCUAUGCUUUGUUUUUCCGUGAUACUCAGGCAGCCAUCAAGGGCCAAAAUCCAAAUGCUACUUUCGGUGAAGUCUCUAAGAUUGUCGCUUCAAUGUGGGAUGGCCUUGGAGAAGAGCAGAAACAGGUCUAUAAGAAGAAAACUGAGGCUGCAAAGAAGGAGUACCUGAAGCAACUAGCAGCAUACAGAGCCAGCCUCGUAUCCAAGAGCUACAGUGAUCCUGUUGAUGUGAAGACAUCUCAGCCACCCCAGCUGGUCAGCUCCAAGCCGUCAGUGUUCCAUGGGCCCAGCCAGGCCCACUCAGCUCUGUACCUAAGCUCUCACUAUCACCAACAACCAGGAAUGAAUCCUCACCUCACCGCCAUACACCCAAGCCUCCCCAGAAACAUAGCACCCAAGCCGAAUAACCAAAUGCCAGUGACUGUCUCCAUAGCCAACAUGGCUGUGUCCCCACCACCGCCCCUCCAGAUCAGCCCACCUCUUCACCAGCAUCUCAGCAUGCAGCAGCAUCAGCCGCUUGCCAUGCAGCAGCCACUUGGGAGCCAGCUUCCCAUGCAGGUCCAGUCUGCCUUACAUUCGCCCACCAUGCAGCAAGGAUUUACUCUUCAACCCGACUAUCAGACUAUUAUCAACCCUACAUCUACAGCCGCACAAGUUGUCACCCAAGCGAUGGAGUAUGUGCGUUCUGGGUGCAGAAACCCUCCCCCACAGCCGGUGGACUGGAAUAACGACUACUGCAGUAGUGGGGGCAUGCAGAGGGACAAAGCACUGUACCUCACCUGAAAAAUCUCAGCACGUCUCAUUUCCACUGAGGAAUUCAGGGAAGUCUUUUCAUCAUGGAUUGCUUUGUGCGCUCAAGGCAAUUCUUCAUUUUAUUAGAAAAUACAAGUUGCUAAGCACUUAGGACCAUGUGAGCUUGUGGGUCACCCACUCUGGAAGAAAUAGUCAUGCUUCGUUAUUAUUUUUUUAAUCUUUUAUGGACAUUGUUCCUCUUCCCUGAAGGAAGUAUGGACCGUUCUGAUUUCUGUUGGUUUUGCUGUGAAGUACUGCGCUCUAGUAACUGCCUUAGCAACGGUAGAUGUCUGGGGUAAUGGUCCUGGGUUUUCAUUGGUUUUCAUAAUGGGUGUUUAUAUGAAACUACUAAAGACUUUUUAAAUGGCUUGAUGUAGCAGUCAUAGCAAGUUUGUAAAUAGCAUCUAUGUUACACUCUCCUAGAGUAUAAAAUGUGAAUGUUUUUGUAGCUACAUUGUAACUUGAAACUGGCUUACCCCAGUUUGUUUAUUUCACAGAGGGGUUAAAUUGGCAAACAUUCAUAUUUUUACUUCAUUUUUAAAAACAACUAAUAGUUCUAUAUUUUCAAAAUACUUGAAAAAAUAUUCCCAAAUGAUUUUAAUUUAAAAAACAAAUUGGCUUUGUCUUAUUGAUCAGACAAGAAGAACCUAGUGUGGAGGAGGGAAGCUCAAACACAUUUAUUUUGUAUUGCAAAAAAAAAAAAAAAAAAGAAAGAAAGAAAAAAUCCUUUUUUGUAUCACUUUUGUGUAACGUUAGUAAAUGUCAUCUAUCUAAGUCCUUUUAUGUGUAAAGCUGCCAAAUGCUCACCCGGCAUCUUAGCUGCAGAACCAGGUUGGAAAGCGCUGAACGAUCAUCUUUAUGGCUCUGUAUUAUUGUUCCCUCAUACCGUGUCUGUAUUUAAUCUUUUUUUAUGGAACUUGUUGCGCCUAUUUAUGAAAUAAUAAAUAUAGGUGUUUGUAAGUAAUUUGUUAGUAUUUGAAAGAGGUUUCAUUGCUGUUUUAAUUUUUGCUGGCAAAAAAAAAAAAACCCAUGCUUGGUGUGAAUACUUAUUAUUUAGUUCUUACAGUGACAUGAAUAAAACCAAAUCUGCUUUUCAUUUAGUAGCAAAUUAGAGUAAUGAAUCUGUAUUUCUGCAUAUCUUUUGUUGACAUAAAUGAAAUACAAUUUUAAUUAGCAACCUUCUUUCCUUGUACAAUACAACAGAAAAACGCCCCAAAAGUCUCACAUACUCCAUGCCUAAACAAAUGCCAGUACACCCUCUUCUUAAAAUGAGUUGUUUCUCACUUCUCAAUUCCAAAACAUGCUUUCCCCAUUAAAAAAAAAAAGAAA